AUGCCUUCCGCCAGCGACUCCGCAGAUGCCACGACUGCCAGCCGCACUGGUGCUCCACCAGAGAGGCCAUCCACCAGCUAUCGUGACUCGCCGCUACGCGUCUUCGCGCUGCUGCUUGCCUUCCGCACCGUAAAUGCACUGACACUGCGUACCUUUUUCCAGCCGGACGAGUUCUUCCAGUCGCUCGAGCCUGCAUGGCGGCUGGCCAUGGGUGGGGCCAGCAAUGCCUGGAUCACUUGGGAGUGGAAAACGCUGUUGCGAUCGUCCCUGCACCCUGCCCUAUUUGCAGCCGCUUACCGAGUCGCCGCGCAACUAGCAGACGUCUGUGGCUUCAGUCUACCUGUCAGGGCCGAACUACUCCUAGCCACGCCGAAGGUUGUCCAAGCUGUGUCCGCAGCGUUACUCGAUUGCUACACAUGGCAACUCGCGGAGAAAGUCUACGGUCGUGGCAGUCGCACAGCCCUCACAGCUCUUGCAAUAUCCGUAUGCAGCCCAUGGCAGUGGUUCUGCUCAACCCGGACACUGUCCAAUUGCCUCGAGACCACUCUCACAGCAAUCGCCGUUUACCACUGGCCUUGGCAUUGGUCAACCCUUGCAGGACACGGCAAGACUCUCCGAGAGGGUAAAACUUCAGUUGCAGCCCAAGGCGAUCUCGGCUCCGUCUUACAAUUGCGCCUGUCAUUGCUGCUAGCAGCCUCUGCCUGCAUACUUCGACCCACAAAUGUCCUCAUCUGGCUGCCAAUCUCUGCUUUAACAACAUGGCAAGCUUCGAAAAGGCUACGCUAUAUUCUGAUCCGCGAAGUCGCACUAUGCGGAUCUGCUGUCCUUGCCUGCUCAGUCCUAUCUGACCGACUCUAUUACGGCUCAUGGGCUCUGCCUCCUCUACGGUUCCUCUACUUCAACAUCGCCCAGUCGCUAGCAGUCUUUUACGGUAAGAACCGCCCUGACUACUAUUUGACCGAAGGCCUGCCACUCCUGCUCACCACGGCAUUACCGUUCGCUGUGGUAGGCUUAUAUCAGUCAUUUCUCGGCUCUCCUUCACCAUCAACAGCUUCCACCAAAGGCUCCUCCAUCUCCAAAGACAACGCAACCCCAAUCGUCUCUCGGGACAUAUUGUCACGCUUAGGAUGGACCUGCAUGACGAUGGCCAUCACACUGAGUCUGAUUUCUCACAAAGAAGUCCGCUUCCUCUACCCCAUCCUCCCCUUCUUGCACGUCAUAUCUGCCGGUCCUCUCGUUUCGUUCUAUCCUACGAGAGCGCCACUCUCACGCAAAGCCAUCGUAGGACUGCUUCUCGCCGUUAACAUAGUAGUUGCCGGCUACGUCUCUCAAAUCCACCAACGCGGCGUAAUAGACGUCGUGCACCACAUCCGCCACAAGCAUGAAGCCCGCAACAGCCUCGCUUCCAACACAUCCCCUUCCUCCCCCUCAACUCACGUCUCAAACACUACGGUCGGCUUCCUGAUGCCGUGCCACUCCACACCCUGGCGCAGCCAUCUCGUGUACGCAGAAAUCAACGCGUGGGCGCUGACGUGCGAACCGCCUCUACACGUGCCUCUGGCCGAAAGAGCCACGUAUCUAGACGAGGCAGACGAGUUCUACAUCAAUCCUGGUCCUCAGCGUUGGCUGAGAGACAACAUGGAGUCGGUCCAGACCGUCACCGCGGGCGGGAGCCGCAGCGGACAAUUCUGGACGCAGCAUGAUCCCAAGUUCAAGGCCAAGUACCGACGGCCGUGGCCGCAGAAUCUGGUCUUCUUCGAGGCGUUGGAGGCGGAGAUGAAGACUGUGUUGGGCGAGAGUAGGUAUAGGGAGUGCUGGAGGGGGUUCAAUAGCCAUUUUCACGAUGACUCGAGGAGGGUCGGGGAUGUGAUUGUGUGGUGUUUGGAUGAGUAG